AUGUUGACAGUGGGGACUCGGGAGGAGUGGGAGCACAGAAAGGACUUAAGUGUGAAAUACCCCCAAGAUCUUCCCAUCACCCUCCCGAAUCUGCUCAAGUUUAUCCUGCACCACUCAAACCCCGAGCCUGCGCCCCAAAGCCUGGCGAACCCCACGACCAAAGAAUGUCAGCAGAGCGAGGAGGCGCUGCAGCAGGGGCACAUCUCGCACCUGGAGCGGGAGAUCCGGAAGCUGAGGGCGGAGCUCCGCGCCCUGCACAGUGCGCAGGCGCAGGUGGAGGCGCAGCUGGCUAGCGCGCGGCGGGACGAGCACCGGCUGCUGCGCCAGAAGCAGACCCUGGAGCAGCAGCACAGCCUGCUCCGGCUGCACAGCGAGCAGCUGCAGGCGCUGUACCAGCAGAAGACCGGCCAGCUCGAGGAGGUGGCCCGCAGGCUGCAGGAGCUGGCCGACGCCUCCGAGAACCUCCUCACCGAGAACGCCUGGCUCAAGAUCCUGGUGGCCACCAUGGAGAGGAAGCUGGAGGACAAGGAAGGCGCCGAAACGCUCGCCACACCAAAAGAGGCCCACACCGACCACCCUGAGCCCGUGGGGGAACCCCGGGUUCCUGGCGGCAACCCUCCCUCCUCCAACGUCAGCGCCACGCUGGCAUCAGAAAGGAGUCAUGAAAACAGGACAGACUAA